AUUCGCAUUCCGCUUCCCAAACCCAAAAGGCUUCGAACCCUUCCUUGCUGCCCCCCACCACCAGGAGGACAACAAUCUGAUCCGGGAAGAAGCCGAAGGCGAUCGAAUCUAGGAAUUCCUGAUCUCUGUCUUCCGAGAUCCGAUUCUUGAAGAGAAGAGGGAGGAGCGGGGCGCGCAGCAAUGGCGGAGGAAGGGAAAGAGGGUUGGUUCAUCUACGGGUUCGUGGCGCGGGGGACCGUGGUGCUCGCGGAGUACACGGAGUACACUGGCAACUUCCCGGCGAUCGCGGCGCAGUGCCUCCAAAAGCUCCCCUCCUCCAACAAGCUCUCCACCUACGCUUGCGAUGCCCACACUUUCAUCUUCCUCGUCCAUAAUGGCUACGCAUACUGUGUUGUUACCAAAGACUCUGUUGUGAAAAAUGUUUCCAUAGCUUUCUUGGAGAGACUGAAAGCGGACUUUACCAAGAGAUAUGGUGGUGGCAAAGCUGAUACAGCAACUGCCAAAAGUCUAAAUAAAGAAUUUGGCCCAGUCAUUAAGGGGCACAUGCAAUAUAUAAUUGAUCAUGCAGAAGAGGUAGAAAAGCUUUUGAAAGUUAAGGUCCAAGUUUCAGAAGUGAAAAACAUUAUGUUGGAGAACAUCGAUAAGACUCUAGAGCGCGGGGAGAAGCUGACUGAUCUGGAAGCAAAGGCAUCAGACUUGCGAAAUGAGGCUCAAGGGUUCAAGAAACAGGGGACGAGAAUUCGUAAGAAAAUGUGGUUGCAGAACAUGAAAAUCAAGCUGGUGGUCCUUGGAAUUCUGCUGUUUUUAGUUGUUAUUAUAUGGGUGUCCGUGUGCCGUGGAUUUGACUGCACCAAGCAGAACAGCUAAGAAAAAUGCAUCUUAUAGCCGAUACUCUGCCAAAUAGAUCAAAGGAGGAAGAGAAUAGAAGAAAUAUUCUUACAGACCUCGUCACUUUUCCAUUAGCAGAACAAGCUUCUGGUCAUCUUUUCGACUGCUACAAGUUAUGCUGUAGGAGAAGGUGCGUGGAUUCCAGAUUCCUUAAAUGUGUGCGACUUGUCUUUUUUUUGCCUUUGAACGCUUAUUUCAUCCUCUAAUCGUAUUCUUUCUUACUGUGUACUGCCUGCCUGUGGGGGCUUCAAAGUUUUAGACACUCUUGAGAUAUGGAAUAUGGACGCAAAGCCAAAUUUAUUUA